AUGCUUGAUUCUAUGGUUGAUGAAAUUGGUGAAGAAAAUGUUGUCCAAGUAGUAACAGACAACGGGAGUAAUUAUGUUGCAGCCGGGAAGUUGUUGAUGGCAAAGAGAGAGCAUCUUUAUUGGACUCCAUGUGCGGCACACUGUAUAGACCUAAUGCUCGAAGAUAUUGGUAAGAUUGUCGUGAUUAAGAAUACAAUUAAGAGGAGUAUUAGUCUUGUUGGCUAUAUUUAUAGUCAUGGUUUUACCUUAAACUUGUUAAGGACUACCACAAACAAGAAGGAGUUAGUGAGGCCGGCCAUCACUCGAUUUGCUACGUCCUAUUUAUCAUUGCAAAGGCUUCAAGAGGAAAGGGAGAACCUUAGGAAAAUGUUUACUUGUGAUGAGUGGAUGCAAAACAAGUUAUCAAAGGAGGCGAAGGGGAUCGAAGCAACAAAGACCGUCAUGAAGACUUCCUUUUGGAAUAAUGUCGUCUACAUUCUCAAAAUAAUGGGUCCCCUUGUAAGAGUGCUUAGAAUGGUGGAUGGUGAGAAGAAGGCAGCGAUGGGCUACAUCUAUGAGGCAAUAGAGAAGGCGAAAGAGGAGAUCAAGAAGGAGUUGAACUUUGAUAGUGUGGUGACUAAAGGGUUAUAUGCAUGUAUUAAUCGAUUGGCGACAUCAAAAGCAGAGGAAGAUAGGGUGCUUCAACAGUUGAAUGUGUACACAAAUGCCGCAGGCGACUUCUUUGCUACUUGGUGGUCUAUGUUUGGGAAAGACACUAGGCUUUUGCAAAAGUUUGCAAUCAAAAUCUUAACUUUGACAUGUAGCGCUUCCGGUUGUGAGCGCAAUUGGAGUGUCUUUGGGCAAAUUCAUACAAAAAAGAGAAAUAGGCUCGAGCAUAAGAGGAUGCAAGAUUUGGUUUAUGUGAAAUAUAACCAAAAAUUGCAUGAUAGGAACAAGCUUAGUGCAACCGAUGAAUUUGAUCAUAUUAUUCUCGAUGAUAUUGAUGAGUGCAAUGAGUGGCUAGUUGGGGAGUUGGAUGAUGAUGAUGAUGAUAUUGAUGGUGGUAAUCAUUUGGUUCAUGAUGAUGAUGAUACACUUGAUUGGAACAUGGUGUAUAAGGCUUCGGGUGUUGGAGAGCCUAGGACAUAUACUAGGUCAAAGAAGAGGAAAGAAUCUUCUACAUUUAGUUCAAGUUGUCUUAGAGUUUCUAAGAAAAAAGAACCUAUCAUACCUAGAAAAGGGAAAGGGAAAAGGAAAAGGCUUGCGCUUGUAGAUGAAGAAUCGGAAGAGGAAGAAUUUGAGGAUAGUGUAAGUGGAGAUCAAGAGGAUGAAGCAAUGGAGGAUGAAGAUGAAAUGGAUGCCGAUGAUAGUGAUGAUGAUGAGCUAGAAGACUAUGUUGAGCUUGAUGAUUGA